GGGUUGUCCUCCAGUCUCAGGGAAAAUGUCAGCGCUCUGAAGACACUACAGUUCGGUGGUGGAUGUAUAUCUAUGGGCGUGACCGUGGAAUGACUCCGAUCAAGUUCGCUGGUUAGCAGACGUCUGCUCCUGGCAGUCCAUGUGACCAAGUUACAUUGUACAUACAGUUGGCUCUUUGCCAUCAUGGAUAACAUAAUUUGUCCAAAGGAUUUCCCAGAGCUGAAAAAUGAUACUUUCCUGCGAGCAGCCCGUGGCGAGGAAACGCAGCAAGUACCGGUGUGGUGUAUGAGACAGGCCGGCCGCUACUUGCCAGAGUUCCGUGAGCUCAGAGCUGGGAAGGAUUUCUUUGACACGUGCCGGUCUCCGGAGGCCUGUUGCGAGCUCACUCUGCAGCCUUUGAGGCGGUUCCCCUUUGAUGCUGCCAUCAUCUUCUGCGACAUCCUGGUGGUUCCACAGGCCCUGGGUAUGGACGUCCAGAUGGUUCCAGGAAAGGGCCCCUCGUUCCCCGAGCCCCUGAAAGGGCCGGAGGACCUGCAGAGGCUGCGUACCAAAGUGGACGUGCCGGCUGAGCUGGGCUACGUCUUCAGCGCCAUCACCCUCACCCGUCACAAGCUGGAGGGCAAGGUCCCGCUCAUCGGCUUCACCGGGGCCCCGUGGACUCUUAUGGCUUACAUGAUUGAGGGGGGUGGCUCCACCACCUACUCCAAGGCCAAGCGCUGGCUCUACACCCACCCUGAGGCCAGCCACCAGCUGUUGGGCCAGCUCACCAGCGUCAUCGUGGACUACCUGCUGGGGCAGGUGGCAGCAGGGGCCCAGGCCCUGCAGGUGUUUGAGUCCCACGCUGGGGUCUUGGGUCCCGUGGAGUUUAAGGAGUUCUGCUUGCCGUACCUGCGGGACAUUGCGCGACGGGUCAAAGAGCAGCUGAAGGAGUCGGGCCAGGACAGUGUGCCUAUGAUUGUGUUUGCCAAGGACGGCCACUAUGCCCUGGAGGACCUCGCUCAGUCACACUAUGAAGUCGUUGGCUUGGAUUGGACCAUCGACCCACGAUCUGCACGGGUGAGGACGGGAGGGAAGGUGGCCCUGCAGGGGAACAUGGACCCCUGCGCCCUGUACGCUCCCAAGGAGACGAUAGCGGAGAUCGUUAAGAAGAUGCUGGACGGCUUCGGCCCCAGGGGGUACAUCGCUAAUCUGGGGCACGGACUGUACCCCGACAUGGACCCGGAGCACGUGGGAGCCUUCGUGGAGGCGGUCCACUCCCACUCCCGACAGCUCCUAAAAUAACCGCCCCAUUCCACCAGAGAGAAGGACACAUACGGGGGACGGGACCACGGCUGUGACUGCGCUACACUGUUCACUCGGGACAACUGAUCGCUGUGUUAUUAGCCAGGCUAAUGCUAGGCCGUAAAAGCGCCAUUUAUGUUAUUUCAGUGCUAGUACCAUCUUAACCCGCCCAUUCCUCCUGAGGUUGCCUGUGGGUAGCUGGAAACGAGUUUUCCAAAACGGCCAUUUCCGUGUCGGUAAAUCUGCGGAAGUGGGGCCCUACUUUUUGCCAUGAUCUAGUCCAUUUAGUUAAUCAUGUUUGCGCCAGUAAAAUAAAUCCAAGUUCUGAAUGGUGGUUUGAAUGUACCAAGUGAAUAGUCCUGUUCAUUUGUAAUAUUGUAAGCUAUCCCGAAGUAAGGAGUGGACUUCAUGAAAAUUUUGAUGAAUAAAAAGUAUUUUGGACUCGG